GAAAGUUCCUGACACCUCCCACAACUUUCUACUGCCGCCUCACACAUCCCGACAUCGGAGCGGGACACUGACUCAGGACUAAUCCCAUCAUUACACAAUAAACGAGUCUGUCUACAGGCUGUCUGUACAGCAGCAUGGCACCCCGGAGCCGCUCUGUCCUCACUGCCCUCUCCUCUCAGGAGACCCCCGCCAAUUCUCACAGCUCAGGUCCUCUGUGAGAGGGAGAGAGAGAGCCCGGGAUACACUACACUUCCCUCACUGUGCCUGCUGGAGGAGCUUUGCAGAUACCAUGGUCACCAUUCCCAAUGGAUUACUACAUGCCUUUCUACUGGUACUGGUCACAGCCAACCACCGGAGCCUCAGGGACCCGGCACACUGCAAGCUCAACAACAAACAAAGUAAUUUGAAUUCCUUCCUUUGGACCAUUGAACGAGACCCUCCUGCAUACUUUUUUGGCACUAUUCAUGUCCCAUACACAAGGGUGUGGGAUUUUAUCCCGGAAAACUCUAAGAAAGCUUUCCAGCAGAGUAAUAUUGUGUAUUUUGAGCUGGAUUUGACAGACCCAUAUACAAUUUCUGCUCUGACCAGUUGCCAAAUGCUGCCUCAUGGUGAAAAUCUACAAAGUGUUCUUCCAAAGGACAUUUACCGCAGACUAAAGCGCCAUUUGGAAUAUGUUAAACUCAUGAUGCCCUCAUGGAUGACGCCAGAUCAAAGAGGGAAAGGACUUUAUGCGGACUACUUAUUUAAUGCAAUAGCAGGAAACUGGGAGCGAAAGAGACCUGUAUGGGUCAUGCUGAUGGUAAAUUCACUGACAGAGGUUGAUAUUAAGUCAAGAGGAGUCCCAGUGCUGGAUUUAUAUCUUGCCCAGGAAGCUGAACGUCUUAAAAAGAGGACUGGAGCAGUAGAGAAAGUAGAAGAACAAUGCCAUCCACUUAAUGGAUUAAGCCUAUCUCAGGUUAUAUUUGCCCUAAACCAGACCCUCUUACAACAGGAGAGCCGUAGAGCAGGCAGCCUCCAAGCUCCAUACACAACAGAGGACCUCAUUAAACAUUACAAUUGUGGAGAUCUGAAUUCCAUAAUUUUUAACCAUGAUUCUUCGCAAGUACCGGUGCCUCAUAUUUUAAAUUCUUCAUUGCCACCUCAUGACCGAAUAACUGCAAAGGAGAUUGAUAUCUAUUUUCGACAAGAGCUUAUAUAUAAGAGGAAUGAGCGAAUGGGGAGGAGAGUGAAAAACCUGCUAGAGGAGUUUCCAGAGAAAAGCUUUUUCUUUGCAUUUGGAGCUGGGCAUUUUAUAGGAAACAACACCGUCAUUGAGGUGCUAAGAAGAUAUGGCUAUGAUGUACAUCACACUCCUGCCGGGCGGUCAAUCACAAGUGGUAAAAGUAAAAAGGGGCCAUCCUCCUCAAAGUUAUCACCUGCACCAAUAUCAUCAGGACUUCCAUCUUCUACAAGAAGCUCCAAAUUAAAGCAGCCAAUAAAGAGACAAAGAGACAAGGAGCGGUUACCUGAUCUGACAAUGUCUGACAAUGCACAUCCAAUGGAUAAAACUAAAAGAAAAUACAAAAAAAAAAAGCAUCGGAAAGAAAAUAAGCGCCACUUCAGCGAUCUCUGGGUUCGCAUUCAAGAAAGCGUUACAGAUCCGCCUCCACAAAUCGGAAUUAAGAAUGGAUACAGUACAGUGGAGCCACAACCCAGAGGACUUGUGCACUCUAUACACACAACAAGCAGCAAUUCAGCCAUUUCACCACUGCUACCUCAUCUGUUGUUUUUACUUUGGCAUUUACAGCAACUUUUAAUAGUGCAAUGAGGAUGAGAAACAAUACAGCCAAUACACAAACUGACACGAAAGGGCAAGCUUGUUAAUGGAUGAUUAGGUGUUUUCAAGCAAAUCUAAUGGCAUGCAAGUAACUUUCUCAGGUGGCCAUGCCCUAACAGUUUUACCUUGUACUGGACCUUUAAAAUCAUGUACUUGGAAAACCUUGCCUUUUAUUUGAAAAGUAUAUGUAAUUUUUCUCUUCUUUUUAAGAAGAAUGAUUCCAUAUUAAUCCCAUAAUGCACUUGGGAAAUGUAAAAUGUACCUUAGAUUUAUAAAAUGUGAGUAAUAUUAUUUUGUUUUCUAAUAAGAUUUUUUUUUUUAAUUUAACGGAUCACUUUAUUUCUAUAACAGUCUAUGAUACAUUACACAGAGAAAAAAAAACGUUAAGACCUAGGGUACUUUUACUGUAAAUAAAGGGAGCUCGUUUUGUUUGCAGGCAGUUCCCUAUGAGAAUUCUGCCACCAUGUGGUACUGAUGUGCUAUUGCAGGUUGAGAAAAUGCCUAAUUUUCCUUAUUCGGAGGCAAUACGUCGGUUCUAGUUCUGUGCAAAGAAAAUUAUAUGAAUAUAUUUAAAAAAUGUGGGGAAAUAGGUGACACUUUUAAACUUAUGUGAUCUAUUUUCAUUUGUUGUUACUAAACAUAAAAUUGUCACAUUCGGGUUUAGGGUCUGGUAACACUUGUGAUCCUUCUGUGAUGGUGACAGGAUCCCUUUACAGGGCAGAUACACACUCACCUGUUUCCACCUUGUCUCUCCCUUUUUGGCCAGACGAGCAAAGUCUCGACAUAGUAGAACCAGGAGAGUAUUUUCUCUGCACUAUUUUAGUGUUCCUGUUGCUGGUAACACCAGGAUUGGAAGUAUUCAAUGGGCCCUAGUGCUUCAUUUACUGAUCUGCAGUUACUAAACUGGAACAUAUGAUUGACUGUUUUGUAAAUUAUUUUCAAUGAACAAAAUGUAUUAUAUCACAGCUUUGUGUUCUAUCUGAAAUAAAAUCACUCUAUUUUGCUAGCAAA